AUGGCUUUUUUAAACUACGAGAAACUGUUUGUACAAACAAAGAAGAUUCCUGAAGCAAGAAAUGUAAUAAUAAUUCCGUAUUCUUACACCAAUAAAGAAUAUUCUGACUGUGAACCAGAAUAUCUUGAAUAUUUAAAAUCACAUAAUCCUGGUAGUGAUAUAAGUUAUACGGUUAAAAAUAAUAACAUUAUUUUAUUUGUAUGUUUUAUACGCAAGAAUGAAGACGAAGAGGAAUUUAAAGCUUGUGUGUCUACACAAGGUGCAAAAUGUUACAAAAAAAUUGUACAUUUUGAUGAACCUGUAAAUUUUAUACUUGAAGAAAUGGAAUACAUAAGAGAUUUUAUAUCAGGUAUAGUGCUUGCCUAUUAUAAAUAUAAUUUUUUAAGAGAAAAUGACACCAAAAAUUUUCCAAUUUCAAUAUUGUCCGGAUAUCCUGAGUACAUAAAAAUUUACAAUGCACAAAAUUUUGUCAGAUUUCUCGGUGAUACACCCGCUAAUUUAAUGACUCCUUCACUUUUUGCGGAAUAUGCUUUAAAAUACUGCAACGGAAUGAACGUUGAAAUUUUUGAUAAGAAAUUUAUGAUUGAAAAUAAUAUGAAUUUACUACUAGGGGUCGCUAACGGAUCCAAUGAAAAACCAAAAAUUGUUAAAAUUACUUAUAAGGGCAAAAACGAAGAGAAUAUCGAUGUAUCAUUAGUCGGCAAGGGAAUUACUUUUGAUACUGGAGGUAUUUCCUUAAAACCUUCUGCUAACAUGGCCGCUAUGAAAGGAGAUAUGUUAGGAGCGGCUACAGUGUUAGCUACUAUUAAAUUAGCAAAUGAUCUACAGCUUAAAAUAAAUAUUGAAGCAGUUUUACCACUUUCAGAAAACAUGCCUGGUGGCCGUGCCACUAAACCGGGUGAUGUACACGUUGGUAUGUCAGGUAUUAGUGUGGAAGUAGAUAACACUGAUGCGGAAGGAAGACUGAUAUUGGGGGAUGCAUUGACCUUUGCUCAGAAAAGUAAUCCUGAAUAUGUAUUUGAUAUUGCUACGCUUACAGGUGCCAUUUCUGUGGCUCUUGGUGAAGAUUUUUUGGGUUAUUUUUGCAAUAAUGACGAUCUUGCGCUUCUCAUUCAAAAUGCUAGUGAAUCGUCAAGCGAUCCUGCGUGGCGAAUGCCACUUUCUUCUUUAUUUUUAUCUAGUAUGAAAUCAGAUGUAGCUGAUCUUAAGAAUGCAGGUGGUCGUAAAGGUGGAUCAUGUACUGCUGCUAUUUUCUUAAAAGAAUUUAUUAAAAAAGAUGUUAAAUGGUGUCACUUUGAUAUUGCCGGUGUAGACUUUGAUCAUAAAAAUACGACACUCUAUGGGAAAGGUAUGACAGGUAGAGGAUUCCCAUUAUUAUUUGAAGUUAUAAAAAAACUAAGUGAAAAAAAUAAUUUUAAAACUAUAACAGAUUUUAAAUAA